AUGACGGCAGAGAAUUCAGCAUUGGCUUUGGAAAAUGAAAAUCAAAGGGAGCAGUAUGAGAGAUGUCUUGACGAGGUAGCCAACCAAGUUGUUCAAGCUCUGCUCACUCAAAAGGAUCUAAGGGAGGAAUGUGUAAAGUUGAAAACAAGAGUGUUUGAUUUGGAACAACAGAAUCGAACGCUAAGCAUCCUAUUUCAACAGCAAGUCAGACCAACUUCUGAUCUGCUCCUCCAGAAACUUCACUCACGCAUCUUAGAUCUUUCAUCUGGAGAUUUGCUUUCAGAAGCAGGAAGAAGCCCAGGUCUGACGCAGUCACGAAGUGAUGCUGAGCUGCACGAAUGCCAACUGAAUGCAAAAUUAGGAACCCCUGCCUUGAAAUGCCCUGGCUUGGGGGUUGUCGUCCCUGGUCAUCUCUGUCCUCAAAAUAGUGGCAGCAGCAGCAGCGAACUGUCUCUUUCAAGCACCUGCAGCGAAUAUUCCAGUGGCUCCUCAUACACGUGGCAUGACAGGAAGAACCUCAGGAAAAGGCAAUCGUCACAAAACUGGGAUAAAAGGCUAAGUAUUGAUUCUUUGCUCCCAAGUGGUUUUGCUAGCCCUACAGAUGAACUACCUCCAACUCGUAUCAAGGAAAGCCACAUUUUGGAAGGGCUAAAAAAGCUACAGAAGCGAAAAGUAUUACUUGAGCCCCCGUCAGUGAUAACCAAAUGGGGUUAUAAAGAUUGCAUGAAUUCAAAUGAAGGAAUAUAUUCUCCAGGGAUUAAGAGUAGCAGCCUCAAGGAACAUACCCCCUGCAAACCAAGGGACAUGGGGAGCUCCUACAAGGAGCCUCACAAGGCAUUUGUUUAUGAUACAGAUUCCCAUGAUGAUGCUGAUGGUGACUCUUCUUCCUCAGCAUUGCUCCAAGUAGUUCCAAACCAGGGUUGCAGGCUGCAUGGUAGCAAAUUAACCCACAGUGUUUCUGACAGUCUGUUUGGUUGGGAGCCAAAUGAAAAACACUUUUUGGAAGGCAGAUCUUCAGUUUAUCCCAGGGAAAGGUCUAAAAAGCUGACCAGUUGUGCCAGCAACUGUCCCUUGGAGAGGAAGCUGUGCCCAAGUGUACAAGUGCAUCAGGUACUGAGGGAGACGGACCCGCACAGCCAAGGCCACAGCCACAUGGCUCUCAACCUUUCAGACACCGAUGACAAUGAAACUCUUGAUGAGUUACACAUAGACAGUAGUGAUGAGAAAAGCCCUUCAGACUUGUCACUCACUGCUGACACCGAUAAGUCCAUGGAGAACCUGGACAUCCUCAUGGGCUUUGGAAAGUCUCAACUUGGGUCUGCUGAUGAGGAGGAAAAGUCAGUGCCCAUCCACUUAGAGACUAGGCCAAAGACAUUUAGUUUCAUUAAACAGCAAAGGGUUCUGAAGAGGACUUCUUCAGAAGAAUGUAUUACAGUCAUAUUUGAUGCAGAAGAUGGCCAGCCCAUUGAAUUCAGCUCUCACCAGACUGGAGUUGUCACUGUUACCAGAAAUGAAAUUUCCAUCAAUUCGGCCUCUACUGGACCCAAGGCAGAACACACUGAACUUUUACCUCAGGGAAUUGCUGGCUUCCAGCCAGGAGCUGCUGCAAGAGAGUAUACUUUCUUAAAGAGAUCUGAGGAGGAAACUGAGAAAAACAUUCCAAAAGAUAACAUAGAUAAUGUUCCCAUAGCGCCCACCGAACCUUUCAGCCCCAGGAUGGUAGCACAAAAUGCUCAGCGACAAAAGCUGGCCAGACCGACACACGGUAUGUCAUGCCAGAGUAAUUCUAGGUCUUCGGCAUCCAUGGGUAUCUAUCAAAAGCAAAGUCUGACAAAAACACCUGCCAGGGGCAAGUCCUCACCUCAGAAAGCAAAAAUAAUGGAGCCUGAUGCUUCCACACGAGUCCCCUCCUCUGGCCGGGUGACUCAUGAAAAAUCACCAGCCUUAGCUCCUGGGAAACUCUCACGGUUCAUGAAGAAUGAGAGCCCAGGGCCGCUCUUUCACUUACAGCCAGAUUCACACAUUCCAAAACACCCCGCCCAACUUCCUCAUGGCUCCAAAAUGUCCAGCAGGAGGGAUUGGGUCCAUUGCUCCCAGAGUCAGACACCAGGGUCACGGUCAAGGCCCCUCACUGGACCUAGUGACAAUGGAGAACCCCCCACGAGAGAGAAACACUGUGAGUCUGGGCCAGAGGCAGGGGCGCAAUCCCCCUCUCCCCCACCCCCUCCGGGCAGGUCAGUGUCCCUCCUGAUCAGGCCCCAUUAUGACUCUUCACCAACACCUUCAUCUGCCAAGCCCGAAACCAGGGUCCCCAGUGAAACGGCAAGGACAGUAGUCAAAUCCCCUCUGUCGAAAGGAGCCUCUGCUCCUGUUGUAUCUUCUCAUCAGGCCAUGACAGAAGCGCCAAGGAAGAAACCAUCCUCGGCCUUCAAGAAGCCUAUCUUCACUCACCCUCUGCCCUCCACAGAAACAGUGACUCAAACCAGAUGCCCUGCUCAUGCUCCCUCUGGCUCAUUUACUGUGAUGGCUCUGGGGCCACCAAAGGUCUCUCCAAAGAGGGCUGUUCCCAGAACCUCUCCUCACCAAGCACUUGGGACCACACAAGCAGACACAGGGUUACGGACUCCCAAGAAUUGUCCCUCAACCCAUGAACCACUGGAAAUAUUGUCCUCCAAAAGUGUAUCUCCAGGAAGGAAAGGACCGUUAAAAGAUGGUGUCCUCACAUUCCCCAAGCCUUCCUUCUUAGGGGUAAAUGAGUCACCGUCAUCUCAGGUUAACAGUCCCUCAUUAACGUCGUCAUCCUCCAAAAGCCAUAGCACCCCACAAGGUUGUCAAAACACUCAUGAGAAAGGACUGAAAACUCGCCUCCCGGUGGGACUCAAAGUUCUCAUGAAGUCUCCCCAAUUGCUCAGGAAAAGUUCCACGGUGCCCGGGAAACAUGAAAAAGACAGUUUAAAUGAAGCCUCUAAAAGUUCUGUGGCUGCAGACAAGUCUAAGCCCGAAGACUCCAGGAAUCCAGCAAGACUUGAGACCACAGGGGGCGAAAGAAACGUGACCACACUGGGUUUACAAGCUCAGGACAGUUUAGCUGAAGGGCUUCCCCUGCAGGAAACAGCAGUGCCAGAGUCACUGGAAAAUAGCAUCCCUGGGGCUAAUGGAAGAGAAGGGAUAGAAACCAGACCAGUGAAAAGAUCCCUUUCCUCCAGCAAGCCACACCUAAAACCAGCUCUAGGCAUGAAUGGCGCCAAAGCCCGCAGCCAGAGCUUCAGCACUCACUCAGGGGACAAGCCCUCGACGCCCCCUAUGGAAGGGCCAAGCAAGGUCCGAACUCAGAUUAUUACCAACACUGCUGAGAGAGGCAAUUCUCUUACCCGGCAGAACUCCUCCACAGAAGGCUCUCCCAACAAGACCCCUGCCCCUUCUGUGUCUGAGAGUCUCCCCAGUGCUGGAAGACCCCUGGGGCACCUCUCCUCCAGGCAAGGCUCCCCAGGGAGCACAGGCAGCUCCAGCAGUCAGAAUGGGAGCCCCAGCAAGUUGCCUUUGAGGAUCCCUCCAAAGUCUGAAGAAUGCCUCACUCCCCCUGGAAUGGAAGACCAGCAGGCCUAUGCCCAGGGAGAAUGCCCCAGUGUGGCUGUACCUGCAGACCCAGGCAGCGACCACUGCAGGUGCCCACCCACCCCAACAGACUGCCCAGGGAAUAUGCAGUGUCCAAGCAGUUGUGAAACAAGCAGGACAUCCAGGCUAGAAAAUUCUGGAUGGCAUCCAGAUGCUUCUACAACUGGAACCGGUGCUGUGAGCCCAGAAACCCCCCUCUCACCCACAAUAGAAGAAAAGGUCAUGUUGUGCAUUCAGGAAAAUGUGGAAAAGGGCCAAGUGCAAACAAAGUCGACCUCUGUGGAAGCGAAGCAGAAGCCGGGGCCUUCUUUUGCCAGCUGGUUUGGUUUUCGGAAGAGUAGACUCCCAGCUCUCAGUAGCAGAAAAAUGGAUGUCUCCAAAACCAAAGUGGAAAAGAAAGAUGCAAAAGUCUUGGGGUUUGGAAACAAACAACUAAAAUCAGAGAGAAAAAAAGAGAAAAAGAAGCCGGAACUACAAUGUAAGAUAGAAAAUGAGCUUAACAGGGACACCAAGUCGGCAGAUAGUCCAGACAAUGGUUUACAAAGCAAAAAUCUGAAAACGCCGCAGGACAUUUACAACCAAAUGAAGUUUGAACCGAGAAAUAGACCCAGCGCUGUUACAUGCUCAGCAAAAGAUAGCUUUAUGAUGGAACUUCUGAACAGAGUUGAUAAGAAAGCAGCUCAACAGAUGGAAAGUGGAUCAAAUAAUGUUUCCUGCAGGAAUGUGUUAAAGGGCAGUUCCCAGGGCUCCUGUCUCACCGGCAGCUCUAUCAGCACUCAAGGAAACCACAAGAAAAACAUCAAAACUAAAGCUGAUAUGGAAAUACAGAAAGACUCCUUGAUAAAAGAGGCAAAUGAAAACUUGCAAGAGGAUGAAGAAGAUACAAUUGUAGAUUCCACAUUUCAGAGCCACAUCAUAG